UCACCAUCUCUCUACGUUUCUCUCCUCCUUCUUUCAGUCUUUUGCAUUGAAUCGGUAAAAUAUUUGCAAAUAUAUCGAGUUAAAUUAUACACUGAGGAUACAACCCUUAAAAAUCAUCAUUAAACUCAAGUGUCCUCCUCCCCCCGGAAAAAGUCGGGUCAAGGUCAGUCACGGUCAAGGGAUGCGUGAUGAGGAAAAAGGGGAUGAAAAAGUAAAAGGUGACUCUAAUUUAGAAAAGGCAAACUAAAAAAAAUGGAUCGUCCGCGAAGGUCGACGCGGAAUUCGUUAUAUAAUUCAACCCCCACAACGACCACGACACCAUCGACGAGUUCGACAUCCAAUCAAAAUAAUAAUAACUCAAAUCCAUACAAGAAACCGACCUAUCUCGCCGGACGGUCGUCUGAAGCGGGGAGCACACCGACCAGUCGAAGUGGGCGGGGACGAGGUCGCGGUCGCAGCAGUGCUGGCGGAAGACAUAGUAAUCAUGACAAUGGGUCGACACCCCUGUCAGGAAAUGGGGGAAGUAAAAGUGGGAAAAGUUCACGCCCCGAGUGUGUCGCGACGAGGGUAGAGUCGCGCCGGAGUACGGGUGGAAGUAGUGGCGGCGGGGGUGGUGGUGCGUCGAGUAAUAAGAAGAAGAGGGGGGCGUAUAAUUCACAAGAUUACCAUUACGGAUCCGAUUUCUCUGAUCAGAAUGAUUCCGAAUUGGACGAGGCUGGUUCGGGGUCAGAGUCCACGUCAGAACUGGGCAAUGACGAAGCCGACUCGGAUUCCGACUACUCGAUAAAAUUUUCUAAAGGGACGUCCUCCUCUGACACGGCAGUAGCGACGACCCCACCUUCCCGCGUCCCCUCGCCCCCUGUCCCCUUGUGGAUGGAGGCGGACGCCGUAAUUGAGGAACUUGACCUGCCCAAGUCGUCCGAUGACUUGCUCCUCGCCAGGGAUUUGGUUAUGAAGGCCGUCGCGAUAUAUGAACCCCUUCGUCGCUUCCACCAACUCGUGCGCCUCUCUCCGUUCCGAUUUGAAGACUUUUGCGCCGCCCUGGGCAACGAGGAGACGUCCCCGCUCCUCACGGAAAUUCAUAUCCAACUGUUAAAAACGAUAUUACGUGAAGAGGAGGCAAAUGCGACGAUGUUUGGUCCCGCCGAGGUGAAGGAUUCGAUCCAAGCGGUCCUCUAUUUUAUCGAUAACUUGACGUGGCCGGAAUGUUUGCGCGCUUAUAUCGAAUCAGAUCCUAAUUGGGGAGAAGUCUUGGCCGAGAUGGGGUCCGGAUCGGGGGGAGAGUAUCCCUUCGGCGGGGCGGAGAUUCGGAUUAAGAUUUUGAGUUGGAUGGUGGAUCAAUUCCUAGCGACCAGUUUAGUCAGGGAUGUUCUAGUUAGUGAGAAUAUUAGGCAUGAUGAUUAUUGCAGAUCGUGCAAUAAGAUGGGCGAGGUCGUCAUGUGUGAAACGUGCCCGGCGGUGUACCACUUAUACUGUAUGACUCCCCCGUACAAAGGGGACGACUCCAUUCCAGAUGACUGGCAAUGUCCUGUCUGUAAAAAGAAUAAUAUGUCCGGUAUAUCUGACUGCGCUUCAGAGCUAGAGAAAGCUGGGCUGCUCAUUCGCCACGAGAAAUUAGGAAAUGAUCGUCACGGAAGGAAAUAUUGGUUUUUGGUUCGACGUAUUUUAGCUGAAAGUGAGGACGGCUCGUCUGUCUGGUACUAUUCGACCCCGCUGCAAGUAGAAGAGCUCUUGUACCGCUUGGACGAGGAGGGCUACGAGGCCGAGCUUGUUGAAAAUAUUCGAAACUGCAAGGACGAAAUUGUUCGUCAGAUGGAAGUCACGGAGCAAAUUACGGAACAAUCCAACUCUCUCCUUCACCGAAAGACGUACAUUGAAGCGGAGAAUGCUUUUUUGAAAAAGAUUCACGAAGAUCGCGAAUUGGCACAUAUUCGUGAACUAGAGAACCAGGCAAAAGAGGCGGAACGGGCGUUGGAAGCCGCGAAACAGGAAGAAGAGGCCGCUGCCGCCGAGGAGGAAGAAGUCAAGCAAAAGGAAGAGCUGGAAAAGAAGAGAAUUCGGGAGGAACGAUUACUGAGAAGGAAUCAAAACAAGUUUGUUGACUAUAAUCCUGCCGAAUGGAAUGAGGAUGGGACGCCGAAAGGGGGGUCGUCAGGGUCGGGCGAUGACUCGAGUGGGGAGACGGGAAAGAUGAAUCACUGCAACGAGGAUAAAAAUGACCUGGACGACACCAUGACGAAACCUGACCUGUUAUCAGCGUCCCAAAUCGCCAAUGCUGAAACGCAGCUAAUAGAUUCUUCUGAAGACGUUACUAUACCAAAGUUGGAACCGGAAGUACAAACAGAUGAGAAAAUGGACACUACUGAAAAUGGUCCUGACGAUCUCUUCAUCCCCAAAAUGACGGAUACGACCACAAAAUCCGUUGAAGUUAAAAAAGAAGAAGUCGCCGCUCCCGUGAGUCGACGAAAAUCUAAAGCUCUUCUCCUCGAUUGGGACACGGAAGAAAGGAUGACACGACUCAAGGCGACCGGCCUCUAUAAAUUAGGACAGGAGGGAAACUAUCGAAAUUAUGUGAAUAUUUAUAACACGGAUAACCUCGCUUUGAGCAAGUUUCAACACGGCGAAGAGAGCAUCAAGAAGCGUCACAUGUCUCACAAAUUUUCCCUCACGGCUGCCUCUGAAGUGAAAUGGAACUCAUUUUCCUCCUCCGUCGGGCUGCGUACGAAUAUGGUGUCCACCCUCCGCGCGACGCUCGUCCAUCUCGAAAGCGCCGUCCCAAUAACGCUCAUGCACACGAAUUGGGGUAUCAUGAGGAAAUCUUGGGUUUCCGCGGUGGCUGGAUGCACUGGGGCGAAAGACUUUGCAAAGGCGACCAUCACGCUGGCCGCGUGUUUGCGAUCGUGCAUCUACAACCCGGUGUGGACCGAGUCGCUCGCUCAUCACAAGUUAAUCCGCACCUCCGCGCUAGAGCGUGAGGAGAGGAAAAAGGCGGAAAAGCGCGACAAAAAGGACCGAGACGAUGAGGAAGAUCGAUUAAGAUUGUUGCCGCAGUGGGUCAAGUAUUCUAUACCGGCGAAGCAUCAGGUUUAUAAACAGAAAGGAGAAGAAUAUCGAAUCCACGGUCGCUGGGGAUGGAUUUGGAUGUCGACCGGGAGGCGUUGUAAGCCGCAAGAUUGUAGAAAACUCGGUCUCUUAUCUGGCCCUUAUAAACACGUGAUACAAGUGAAGAACGACUCUGGAAAAGUGAAAACGAUCCUGAUCGAUCCCACCACGUUUGAUAAACUGAUGGCGAAACGAACCCUUUCCCAGAAAUCAACACCGGCCACAACGCCUUCGAAAGUGGUUCCUCCACCAGCACAGACAGAAGCACCACCCCCACCACCGCUCGCAAUUACGGCCGGUGGUGAGGAGAGUAAAGAGGAAAAAGUUGAAAAGAUGGAGGUGGACGAAUCCCCCGUGAAGGAAGAGGAGGAAGUCAAACCGGAAGUGAAAGAAGAAGAAAAGGAGGAGGCGACUACAGAAAGUCAAGAAAUCAAGGAUCCACAACCUGACAAAGAAUCCGAGUCGACACCCGAGGAGAAGAAAUGUGACGAAGUCGUAGUAGCGUCACCACCACCUCCUCCACAAUCUGACGACGUGACUCCUCCUGCGACCGAAACAGGGAUGGAAAUUGAUCCAAAAAUUGAAGAUAAACCACACGAUCAGGACGAAUGUGGCACCUUGAUCCCAAAAGAUGAACCUGUUGAUGCUCCUACAGCUGCUCCGGCGGAAACUAACCUGUCGUCAGAAAUGGAGCCACUCUCCGCCGUGGAGAAGGUAGAAAUCAAAGAGGAGAAAGAGGACGAAGUCCCACCAGCGCCACGAUUGACCUCCACGACACCGUCAUCUCCUUCCACGUCAGCCUCCUCCGACGCUCUUGCAGCCUCCAACCGUAAAUUCCGUACCGAUUUGAUCAACGUUUCUCUCGGGAUGGUGGUCGCGAAUAGAAUCCUGUAUCCGAAAUUGGCCCAUAAAUCUGCCAUCCUCGACUCUCUCUUGGCGAGACGAAUAUCUCUGCAAAAAUUGGAAGAGGAUUACCUCCUGGAAACGUAUGGGAAGGAAAAGUUGGAAAAAGUUCAGCAAAUUGUGGACGCCGGGGGACAAAUUGUAGACGAGCCGAAUAAAGUCGAAGAACCAACGGUGGAUGAAAAAGGGGACGAAAUUCUGGACGAUUCUUUCCCUUUGGCAGGGAUUUAUCGGUUCAAGUGUUACUCGCACAUGUGUCAAACGGCGGCGGCGGCAUUCGCAACGCAGACGGAGAACAAGGUUCGAGACUACGAGUUCAAGUGUUACUCGCCGAUGUGUCGACUCAAGUUUUUCGUGCAAGACUCCAACCGAAGGAAAGAGGAGAGGGCGAGAAUUAAUGAGAAGGCAAAGUUAGUCGCGUUAGUGGAGGAGGUCAAAGGGAAGAAAAUGUUUACGCAGACCGACUCGAGUUGCAAAAUUUUACUGAAAAAGUUGCCGAAUGAGUUGAAUAGGCGACGAAAUCAAAUAACAUAUCCCACCACAUCGAAAUUCUGUUCCGUCUCGACGCCACUCGACCCCUCCAUCUUUGUCCUGCCGUGGCACGAGUUGAGAAAAUUGAGCCGCACUGCAGGCCGGACCUUUACACCGAGUGGAUUCGCCCCCGCGCCAAAGACGGGUUCCUGGGCGUGGCCGUAUCCAUGUGGUCGUCCCCUGUUCAAAACGGGCUGGCAGUUUAAAGCCGUUCAUUCAAAUACGUUGGCGGCGGCUGCGUUGCAGUUGAGGAUUUUGUGGGCGUCCGUGAAAUGGGAUGACAUUCAGAUGAAAGCUCCGAAUUACGAUGGGAAGAACCAAACCACAACCGAUAUGGAAAUCAUCACGUCGGAAAUCUUGUCUCACCGGGUCAAGGGGCGCUUCUCAGAGCGGGUUCAGUACCUCAGAAAGAAAACUGUGGAGCCAAUCGAUGCCCCGAAAACGAUUCGAGCCAAAAGCAGAGAUUCGUCAGAAAUAACCCCGUCCCGAUCAGGACUUCGGAAGCGUAAACUGGCCGAAUCUCUGCAAGGAUCAGACCCCGUCGUGACGGAAUCCUGGGUGGAUGAGGACCAGUUGGAACUCUGGGAGAUAAAAGUGUACCAUGAUAAGCUCGAUAGAAAAUCGGAUCCAGCUUCCUCUUCCUCCAAGCCAGGCACUCCCUUGGGCUCGACCCGCUCCAAGAGUGGCGUGAGUAUCAAACAGCCCGAAAAGUUUGACCCUUCACCGUCCUCCGACGGUACGAAAGGCGACAAGACCAUCUCACCCGCUAAGACGGCUGAACUGAUGCGGGAGAAAUUAGAAACUGAGGAAAAGAUGCAACGAGCCGUCCACCUUUCGAAGCGGGACAACCAUCCCAAGAAUAAUAAUACUGCGGUAAAUAAACAGCCCACACCGACAGCAUCGCAGCAAUUACAGCAACAACAGGCGGCGGCAGGUCUGCCCGCAAAUCCGCGUUCUUACGGGGGUGCAGCCCCCUCCUCCGCGAAGAAGGUGACGAUAGUGGCUCCGAAGGUAUUAAAUGUUUCUGGACCUGGAGCAGGAGACGUGGCUACCACGCCGGGCGCAGGAUCGACCGCCGCUGCAGUCGCAAUCCUUAACCGAAGCAAGAUUGCAGGCGUUGUCGGGAGUACGGUGGCCAUUCCGAAGGUUGUUCAGCAGGCGGCCCAAUCUCCAACAACGACGGUCCCCACGCCGCAGAAAAUUACCGUGUUUAGAACUUCCGAUGGAAAAUUGCAAGUUCGUGGUCUCCUCCCCGGCCAAGCCGUGUAUCAAACAGCCGACGGUAAAAUCGGUCUGACCUCCACACCAGUCAACAAAACAGUCCAACAAGCCGGCCAACAAACCCCACAACAACACGUCAUCUCCCCCCAACCUCAAGGACAAACCAUCCUCAUUCAAUCUCAAGGAGUCGGCACACAACUCCAACAAGUGGCCGCUGCCGGAAACCAGCUCGCUAUUCAACAAAGCACCGUCUCCUCCUCCCAAACCACUCCACUCAUCAACAUUUCCUCCCCCACGAUGCGAACCGUUCUCUCUUCAUCCCCUUCCGCGGUCAAGUUUAUCUCACAACAGCAAAAUCCAUCAGCGACAUCAACCCAAUCUCCGCUCGCACUGACCGCGUCCGGACAACUGGUCCAAACCUACUCCGCCGCUGGUAAAGGGAACGUUCGUAAAGUAAAUCCAAAAUUCCCCACGGCCAUUGCCCCCACGCCGGCACCAGUUUCUUCUGCAAGUCAGCAAGUCACAGGGACGUUGAAUGCGCAAGGUCAAAUCGUACUGACCCGUGGAGGUCAAGUGAUCAAUCAGCAAAUCGUAAUCCAACCCGGGCCAGCCGUCGUGGUUUCUUCUUCCAGUCCAAAUGUGGUGGGAGGAGGGAACGUUGUGGCGAUAAAGAGCAGUCCGAUCAGUGUUGCACAGGCGCCGGCGACAGCAACCACGCCAACGUCAGCGUCACCCUCACAGAUGCUGGUCAGUUCAUCGUCGAACUCUCCACUGCCGCCGAGUCAACAGAUCACCACGCCGCAAGGGACGACGGCUCUCAUGACGUAUCAGGCUGGAGGGAAGAUUGUGAUUCAGGAUGGUAAUAAGACCAUCGUCGUGACGGGUGGGGCCAAUUUGACGACGCAGCAGUUACAACAGAUUCUUCAGAUGCAGAUGAAGAAGCCGAGUGGGACCGUGAUGACGACGCAGGUUGUGCCCACGCAGCCGGGACAGCAAGGGUUGAAACCUCAGCAGCCACAGCAGCAGCAACAACAACAGCAGGUCAUUGUGGGAGGAGGGCAGCAGCAGCAACAGCAGAUUGUUCAGGGUCAAGGGGGUCAACAACAGAUACAGAUUAUCAGUGGGGGUGGUGCAGCAGGGACGAUCGCGGGGCAGAGUUUGCAACAGAUUGCGGCAUCGGGUCAAGGUCAACUUGUCCUUCAAGGCGUCCAAAAUCUGGCGUCUGGCCAUCAAAUUGCCACCCUCGGAGGACAAAACGUAAUUGUAAAGAAGGUUAUGAAAUCCCCGAUAAAAUCUGGAACUCCUCUCACGAUUCAAACCGUUCCUGGACAACCGAUCCCGACGGCGGCACAAAUCCAGCAGUUGCUCGCAGCGAAUAAAAAUUUGAUCCGGGUGGAUCCCAACACCGGAACGGUAAACAUUUCGUCCGCGACGAUCCAACAAUUGCAAUUGCAGCAGCAGCAACAACAACAAAAUCAGCAGUCACCAAUGUUGGGAUCCACGUCGAGCGUUGGUCUCGGUGUUGCUGGAUCGACUACAGUGACGAAAACGCCGGGACUACCGAUUUCUAUCGUGUCGCCGUCGAAGAACCCAAAAAUCGUGCCGACUCUGUUCCCACAAGGAAAUGCGGCCGCGGUGAAGACGAUUUCCAGCGUAACGACGCCAUUAGUCACGCCGAGUACGAGAUACAUUGCGCCAGCGAUUGUGCAACAGCAGCAAAGAUUAGCGGCGCCCCAACAGAUGGUGACAAGUCCCGUUUUGUCCACAAAUUCGCCUCCGACCGCGGUGAAAACAACGCCAACUACACCUUCGUCAACAAUGCAAACACCACCAUCGACACCGCAAACACCAGCUGCGUCGCAGCAACCUAAAAUAGCGGCACAAUUUAUCGAGACAGAAGAAGGACCUCGCGUUAUCGUGAGUGGUUUUAAACCCGGCGAUCUGACUCAGUCGCAAUUGGCGAGUUUAAAUGCACAGAUUGUGAAGCAGAUGCAGGAGCAUCCCGCCCUGAGAGAAAAGUUUUUGGGUAUGACGGAUCCUGCCACCGAGUUGAAAAUCAUUCUCCAACCACAUCCUCCAAAUAUUGCUGGGACGCCUCAGAAAAUUGUGAAGGUUCCGCCAUCUUUGCCUGCUAAGGCGGCCUCGGGUUUGGUGAAGGGGGCUGGAGCCUCGUCCCCCGUGAGGGGUGCGUCUCCUGUAAAAACGUCGCCAGUUAAGAGCCCGGUUACUUCGGCGUCGCCGAUGAAAGGUUUACCUUCAAGUCCAUCCGCGCUGAUAAAAUCACCCCCAAAUUCUGCCAACAUUGAGGCAGCAAUCGCCGCGGUGGCUUCGAACGCUGAUGCGCCCGUCAUCUUGCCAGCAAAGUCUUCUCCAAUGAAGAAGACACAAUCCGUGAUGGUGGCGAGUUCCUCCUCACCACCAACUUCUCUCCCCACCCCGUCGAAGGAGGACAUGUUGAAAAAUAUCUUGCACAAAGUGGAGACAGAGAAUCAUCAUGAUCACGUCAUUUCGUCAUCACCGGUAAAACCAGCAGCAUCACCUCCGAGGAGGAAAGCUUCUCCAAAGAAACCAGUUCCGCCUCCGGAAGUUGCUCAUAUUCCAACAGAAGAAGAGCAAGGUAUCCCGCAACCGAUCGAGGGUGACGUCGUGAUCGAUGACGGGGUCGUUAAUGAGAUCGAAGUUAGUGAAAAUAAUGACGCAGAAGUUCCAAGAUUUGUCUUGUCGCAGGAUUUGAUGGGAAGUGGGCAGGCCGGACAUAAACAACUGGAAAGUAGUUCAGCCUCGUCCAUGACGUUUUUCUCGUCUCCACCACACGUACAAGAACAUGAAAUCGCCUCCACAACGAACACCCCGACCUCGCCAAAUAAUAAACCGAAGAGUGGAUCUAGUCGAAGAAAGAGUCCCGUGAAGACGAAAUCGAUCAUGCAAAAUUCCGAGUCGACGAUGAUCAUGUCCCCACCAAAGAAGCGGAUUAACAUGUCACCGAUGGCGUCACCCAAACAAAUCAAUCUCAUGCACAAGCAGACCGACCUGUUGAAGAAGGACAUAUCCAAGAAGAGAGUUCUUUUAGAGCGUGAUUUAGCAAUGGAUGUUCGGAAGGAGAUCUCGCAGGACGAUAAGGGGCUUUUAUCCGACGAUGUAGAUACGAAUCCAGAACAGAAUGCUAGACCAGGACAAGGAAAGAAGCGUAAAGCAAGCGGUUCCAAAUCUCACGGAGGUGGUGCAAAACGUAAGAAGCGAAAUUCAUCUCCUGGAAAGAAUUCUGUCGUUAAACAGCGUCCCAAAAGUGGUGGGAACAAGGUGCACUGCAUUUGCAAAACGCCCUACGAUAAGACCCGAUUUUACAUUUGUUGCGACAUCUGUUCCUCUUGGUAUCACGGGGACUGCAUCGGAAUUCCGGAGGAGGAGGGGAAAAACGUGCCCGAAUUUAUCUGCGUGGCGUGUAAACCAUCGUCUUCAAGUGGGUCGGAUAAUAAGAGCAUGUGCCUCUGUCGACAACCUUAUGUGGAGACACAGUUCUGCAUCGCCUGUGAAAAGUGUGAUGAAUGGUUUCACGGCCGUUGUGUAGGGAUCUUGCCCACUGAGGGGGACUCUAUUCCCGCCUAUUACUGUCCCACGUGCCAACCCGGCAUGAAGAUUAAUGCCAUCAAUGCCAAAUCCCUCUCGAACGAGCAUUACGUCGAGAUUUCUAAAACUCUGAGACAAAUCCAAAGCCAUAAAUCGUCAUAUCCUUUCAUGAAUCCAGUCAACGCGGCGGACGUUCCAAAUUAUUAUAAAGUUAUCAAAGAACCGAUGGAUCUCAAAACAAUCGCGUUACGCGUUGAGGAAAAAAUGUACACCAAACUUCUCGACUUUGUCGCCGAUUUGGCAAAAAUAGUCGACAAUUAUCGUUUCUUCAAUCCACCCGAAUCUCAAAUCUACAAAGCUGGACAUGUCCUGGAGAAAUUUUGUUCUCAGAAGAUGGGAAAUUUGAGAAGCGUGUUGGAUAAGCAAUAGCUAGUGUUAUCUUAAUUUACUUCAUAUUUACAGCGACACAUGGAUAUCUUUUUUACCAUUAUUUCGUGUUGCUCCCUGUUUUACAGAGAUUUCUUAUUUCAUUUAUACCCAAAUAUUUCCAAUUUUGUUCUCUCUGAAGUGAAAUGAAUUUUCAUGUGUAAAAUUUUAAAAAUGGUUAAAAUAUAUAAUGGAUUAUAAAUAAAAUGUGUGUAUAAUUAAACUGGUGAGAAAGAAAUGUGGUACAAACUAUAAAAUAGGCAGACAUGGUGAUUUUUGUGCUAUGAAUGAGUUUGAUUUUCCGGUCUGAUGAUGAUCACCACUAAAAAUAUUUAGAUUUAUACCUUGUUAAGUUAAUCAAGAGGUUUAAAUUAGUCAAGAUAAGUAUGAAAAUUGGAUAAGAAAUAAGACACCCUGAUCCAUAAAUUGAUAAGCAAAUUAAUAAAUAUUCUAAAGUUAAUAAUAAUCUAAUAAAUAAAUAAAUAAUUAUUGUAUAAAAAUUGAAAAUGUGACAUCUUUUUUUCUUGUUAAGGGUGCGUUUUGUCCCAACUAACUUGCGCCAAUGUUAUUAGCUUAACUAUGGCGCAAGUUAGACGGUAAAAACGCAUCUUUAAAUUUUCUUUGGCCAAAUAGUAUUGAUUUUUUGAUAUAUUAUGUGUUAUGACUUGAUAAUUUGUUAACUUUUACUUUUCGGUGACUUGUCGAGUUUAAGGAUGCAAGCAAAUUGAGUGUUUAAGCUAAUUAUAUUCAUAACUAAUUAUGCUAAUUAGCUAUAUGUAAGUGAAGAGUUUUUACAAAGAGAAACUAUAACAGAAGAAUUUACUAUGGACGAAAUAAUAAAACGAGAAAUCAGUAAGUAUUUAAAGGUCA